AAACUCCUCUAUUCCUUUUCAACCUUUUUAGUGAAGUCCCCAGUAAUCAGCUCACUUUGCCAUCCUUAAGAUCAUAUUUUUGCACAAUCAAACCAUUAGUCUGCAGUUCCUCGUCCUCUUGCGAAGCUUCAUCUGCACCACCUUGUGGAUUUGUUGUGCUUGGCUUCAAGUAUGGUGGAUAUUGAAUGUUGCUUGACUCUUGCUUCUCAUACUUCUUCUACGACAUAAAUGAAAACUGAAUCGCAUUCUCUUGCACCUUGCCGUUUGCGGUGAAAGCUCUAUCUUCUUAAGUUGGCAACAAGAUGGAACAGAAACCUCAAGCCUCGUCACCGAGUACUUAUGGAGACUGUGAAGCAAAAUCAAGAUGGUUGGGGUGGUUCAGGCGACUGGAGUGAAAUUGAGGGCGCAUGGGUGCUGAGACCAAGGAACUCCAAGUUAACGUCAAUUGUACAUUUUAUUGGUGGCAUAUUUGUGGGGGCUGCACCACAGCUUACUUACCGCUUGUUCUUGGAACGUCUUGCAAAUAAGGGUAUAUUAGUUAUUGCUACACCUUAUGCCAGUGGUUUUGAUCACUUCCUCAUUGCAGAUGAAGUGCAGUUUAAAUUUGAGAGGUGUCUUCGGUAUCUCCAAGAAACAGUUGAGGAUAUUCCUACUUUUGGCAUUGGUCAUUCUCUGGGAUCCGUUAUUCAUCUUCUCAUUGGCUCAAGGUAUGCUGUGCAAAGAAGUGGAAAUAUACUAAUGGCAUUCAACAACAAGGAAGCAAGCUUAGCUGUUCCUCUGUUUUCGCCUGUUCUUGUCCCAAUGGCACAAAGCAUCGGACCAUUUUUAUCACAAAUAGCAUCAUCACCAACUAUUCGCCUUGGGGCUGAGAUGACGAGGAAGCAGUUUGAGAACCUUAGCCCAUCCAUCUUGAAGCAAGUUCUUCCUCUGGUUGAGCAGCUGCCUCCAUUGUACAUGGACUUGGCUAAAGGAAGGGAAGAAUUUUCACCUAAGCCAGAAGAAACUCGACGUUUGAUCAGGUCUUACUAUGGCAUCUCAAGGAACUUAUUAAUAAAGUUCAAAGAUGAUACCAUUGAUGAAACUUCUACACUAGCCCAGGUUCUGAGCUCGGACUCUGCUAUCAGUUCAAUGCUGGAUAUGUCCAUUCGUCUAUUACCUGGGGAUCAUGGGCUGCCUCUACAACAGGUUCUUCCAGAUGUGCCCCCAGCAAUGGCAGAUGCUGUCAAUCGUGGAGGAGAGUUGUUGGCAACUUUAACUGCAGGUACACCAUGGGAGGCUGUUGCCAAAGAAGUGGGCAGUACAUUUGGUGCAGACUCGAGUAUUUUCCGUGCAUAUAAUCCAAAGGAAAUUGAUCUCCUUGUGGAUGUAAUUACAACGUGGAUUGCCUCUAACUCUGGUCCUAGGCUUUUAAGGCCAUAAGGAGGAAACAAGCAGGGAGGAAAUGCAUAAAGAAUCCCAGGUUAAUCAAUACUUUCAUCAUCAUCUUACCUUAGGUCCCUGUAUAUGAUGUGCAUAUGAAGUUUAAAUGCUUGAAAAAUCUUUGUAAUAUUCGAUAAGUGUAGUCGAACCGGAGUUCAGAUAGAUAAUGUAAAAAAUCGUUGGUGGCUGUGAAGAAGUGUGAUGCAGCACGGACCAUGCCACCUUGUCAAGCUUGUAUCAUUAAGCAUAGGGAUUUGCCUCGUAAAGAUUUAAAUACAGAGAUUAUGAAAUUGGGAAAGGGCACUUAGGAGUCCAAAACCAAAUUCAUAGUUGGAGUAUACUGCAUUUGAAUGGUCAGCUGCUGAGGCUUGCAAGUGGAUAGAGGUCCCAGAUAAAUUACUUAGAAUCGAGAUCUUUUCACUUGUUUAUCCUCCUAAUAGUUGGUUCCUUCUCCUUAUACUCGACCUGGUUUUUGUUGUCAAUUGAUAUCUAUGUAUAUUCUAUGUAUGUAUGUAUGUAUGUAUGUAUGUAUGUGUAUGUAUAUUUCUUAUAGAAGUAUGAAUAAUUUGGCACA